CCUUUUUUAAUGGGAAAUCGGCCAAAAAAACACUGAACUUUGCGGGAAUUGCCAAAAGAAACCUGGACAUAUGGGCUAGCCAAUAAAAUCCUGAACUUUUGUUGACUUUUCGGGUUUAUUAAGAAACUUACGAUUGACUGACCAGAUAAACACACCGUUAACCGAGUUAACUGAUAAUUAAGCGGACGUUAAUUUUGGGUGUUAAAGUAUACGACGUCGUUUCAUCACUUUGUCUGAUUAAAGACAAACGACGUCGUUUAUAUAGCUGUGUUAUUAAAAAUAUGUGUUUCCUACGGCUCGAACUCGUGUACUCGGGUUUAAUGGUAGGGGUUUUUGCCACUGAGCUAGUGGACUUUGCAAUGGAUAUACGAACACAGUUUCUUUUAUUCUCUUUGAAUCCGAGUUAAAUGAAUCAAAAAGAGACGACGGUUUUCUCCUCCGAUUGGUAUAAACCCUAAAUGGGCGAAAUCAUGAAUCCAGUUCGCGAUUCUCUUCGAUCUCGUCCUUAAGAAUCUCGAUUCUCAUCUCUCCUUCUUCGAGUAUCGCAUGAUGAGUUCGGGUUGUGAGGAUUCGUCUGUGAAUACGAUGGGAAUUCGUGGUAUCCCGGAGCAAUGCGGUUGUGGUCGAAGAACUGGGAUAUACACAUCAAAAACGAAGGUCAAUCCAGGAAGAACUUUCUUUAGAUGCCCAACGUUUCAAAAUGAUCACUUGUAUAAAUGGGUAGAUGAAGCUGUCUACGAAGAGGUUCAAGAUGCAUUGCCAAAAGUUGAAUGCUUUGCAUCAGAUGUUAUGAAAAUUAAAAUGGAGAUCGAAAGCAUGAAAACCGUGGAGGAAGACUUGAAAGAAGAUGUCAGGAAGGCGAGCAAUGAACUUAAGAAGCUGAAUGUGAUCAUGAAAGUGGGUUUUUCGGUGGUUUGUUUAGGCGUUGUGAUAUGUCUUGUGUUGAUCAUGUUUGACAAAGCAGAUGGGUUGUCUAUGAAUAGCUACUAA